AUGUCGAUUAUCGGUUUUCAACGAGAAUUGAAAAUUUGUAUUGAAUUUAAAGUGAAGGAAAAUGUAACGAGCUACGCAUUACAUUCCUCAAUAGAUUUAUUACGUGGCGAUGAUAGUCGCUUAAAUUUAAUGAAAGUACCUGUAAAUGGUUGCCAACUUGGGAAACUAGGCACAAUUGCAAACAGCAUGCUUGGAGUAUUUUUUAAAGAGAUGAGACGAAUAUCAAAUUUGCCAUUGCGCUGCCCACUUUAUGCGAACAAAUUGUAUUAUUUAACGAAUUACACCAUAAAUCCAGAUUCAUUUCCACCUAUAACGAUCCCCAUGCAAUGGAUACUAACAUUAAGAAUUUUACAAAAGCAAAAUUAUGUUGGCACCCUAUAUUUUCAUGGCAAGUUUUACAUAAUAUGA